AUGUCGCUCCUAGCACAGUGGUCAGCGCGAAACUCGUGUCUCCGAUCUCAUACCCAUGUAUAUCUCCGACGGACAAUCUAUACCUCGCCCCGACGACUAAAGGACGCCCCCGAGUCUCCGAAUGCUGCAUCCAAGGACAGCGCCCCGGGACCCAAGCCUGACGGCGAAAAGUCUGGAAAGAAGGCUGAGCUUGGACCUUUACAAAGACCUUUGGGAGUCACGCAGCGACCGACGACUGUGGUCAAGACGACGACGCAGAAACUAAAGGACUUAAUGGACAGUGACUACCGUAUGGCCCAACGGAGACACCUUAUCAAGGAAGCAAACAAAGGAUACUUCCAUGAUCUCAAUAUGACUCGACAGCACGGUGGAAAGACCUGGAUAGCCCCCAAAGUCUUGAUUCGCGAGGAUAGGGCGCUGUAUCUGCCCAAUAUCUCCGGAUCCUCCCUGCUGGAUAAAUCCGAAAAACACACGACGACCCUUUGUUUCGGCAAGAUCUCAGUUAUUUCGAUGCUGAGCACCAAAAUCUCUGAAAUCCACGCAAAGGCAUUCACAGAUCUGACAAAUGCCAGGUUCUUAUCAAAUCCGCACUACCAGUACAUCCAAGUGAACCUGCAAGAGAACGUAAUGAAAGCGUUCCUCGUGAACCUUUUCCUCAGCGGGCUCCGCAAAACUGUUCCUUCAGAGUUGCAGGCGAACUACCUCAUCUCAGGACAGAACAUGGAGUAUGUUCGGGAGGCGAUGGGCAUGACAAACAGCAGAGUGGGAUACGUUUACCUUGUCGACGAGAACUUGCGGAUACGAUGGGCUGGCUGUGCCGAUCCGACAGCGGAAGAGAUCCAGUCCCUGGAAAGCUGCACGGGUGUGCUACUGAAACGCCUGGAACGCAAGACCCAGCAGGGGAAACCUGACUCGUCCAAAAAGACAGUCUCUGACACCCCAGAACCUUCUCCCUGA